GAUUAAUCAUCAGUGCAAUAAAAAUUGUUGAAUUAGAGUAAGAAUUUUUUAAAGCAUGUACCUUCCUUAUUGACGAGGAAUCAUUUGUUUUGCAGAUUCUUUUCCUUUAUGAGUACCCGUCUUGGGGAAUGGUUGUUUCAAGAAAUUAAGUCAUCAGUCAAGUAAAUUGGUAUCGCGUUAAUGAACAAAUUGAGUUAUUUCAUGCACUUGUGCAACUUAAGUCACAUAUUAUAGUAUUAGAGGACAUUUAUCUGUUUCAUAAUAGUAAUUGAAGUAGGAAACAGUUCAUUUGUUCCAUGGUCACUCGUGAUACCAUAUUUUCUUGGUGAUAACAAUAUACUUUUGAACACGAAAUAGAGAUACUCACUUCCAAGUUACUUCAUCUUCAUACUGUUUUUUGUUUGCGAUUUAUUUCUUCUUUUUUUUUUACUUAACUUCGUUCAUCGUCGAGAAAGUAAAUGUGUCCGUAUUAUUUUGAAACCUCUAGAAAGAAAAUUAAAGCGAGCUGUGUGUAAAUUACUAAAUUAUAGUUGAGAUAUUAAGCUGAAACUGCUAAACCUGUUAUCAUUUAAAAGUAAUGCGUAUUUUAACAUUGAUCACGUGCUUUGGAACAUCUGUCUAAUACAUUUUGUGUGUUUAUAUUUAUUUGGUAUUUAAAGUAACAAGAAAUUAAACAACUUUUUUAAUCCAUGAGCCUUGCCUGUGAUAUUUCUAUACCAAACAAACAUUGAAAUGCUCGUAAGUAACAUUAGAUAUGUCAAAUAGGAAAAUAAUUUGUGGCCUGGGAUUAUAUGAAUGGAUUUUGGUCCCAAAUGUUUAAAGAAAAACACGGUCGUACACUUAAUACAGAAGUACUACAUUACGUAUACUGUAACCUCACUUGACAUACACCUUGUAACAUUUUAUGACUUAAGCGGCUUAAGCUUUAUGCACCCGAACCGCAAGGAUUAUUACUGUCCAUUGUUGUCAUAAUGGAGCUGUGAACUGAGUUAAGUUAUACAAUAGCCAGUUUGACUUAUAAGGGUGGUUUUACAAGAUGGAUGUCAAGUGAGGUUACAGUACCUCAAUCACUUUAUUGUGGAAACAAUGUGAACUAACAUAAAUUUAUAUGUUGAAAAACUUCGUCGACCUCCAGCGGAUGUAAUGGUGCAUAUUUUAAAGCACUGAUUACAUCUUGCAUUACGUUUGUUAUUAAUUAGUUGACCCGUUUUCCAGAAGUUUUCAAAAUGUUUCUUUAAAUCUGUGUAUAAAAUUGACAGAUUGUUUGUGGUGCAAUAACUAAAAUUAUUUUAAGAAUAUAUCGGUAGAGUCGGUGUUUUUGACGUAAUAAUAAAAUUAUGGGCAAAAUUCAUGAAAGUCAAUCUUCACUAAUUCCUAAUCUCUAAUUUACUUGUUUUCGUGAACCAAAGGACUUAUACAGACAUUUACAAGCUGUAUAGAGAAUUGUACAAGUUACAUAAACUUUUUAUUUAUUUGUAUCAGAAAAUAACUUACACAAAAAAGUUGUAUACAAAUUAUUCGAUAGUUUUAAUUGUGAAUAUGAAACCAACAAAGGUCGAAUGUUAUUUUUGAAAUGUAGCUAGGUGUGUUAUUUUAGCAUACAAUACUGUAAUAAAAUCUUUUGAAGUCUUUUCAAAGCAAACACCAUGUCGUAAAUCAACUCAUAUCUAUUGAAAGAACGUCCGUGUAUAAUGCCACAUUCUCAAUUAAAUUUGCAUUUAUUAUCACGUUUUUUAUAAAUAUAAACUUGUCGGUAAAGCUUAGAGAUUGAAGUCACUUCCGGACAAAAUAUGUUGUCAUUUCCAAGUCCAAGUGUUGAUACCUGUUGUGUUGUGAAACGAAUGCCAAAGAAAACGCCUAGAAUUGUCAGCAGUUCAUAAUUUCAAUGCUUAAAGUAAAUGAAGGCUGAAUUUUCUGUAUUUUUCAGUCUAGAAAUGCACCACAUGUCAGUGACGAUUUAUUAGUGUACAUUAAUCAUGAAAAAUAGCAAAAACGUUAAUGUAAAUAAAACGCGUAAUAUGUUUAUUUUGAAAAACACGUUAUAAAACAUACAGAAACGCAGCAGUAAUUAAUAUCGUUUUUAAAUUUUAAACAUUUUGUAAAAAACUGCUCCAAAAGCUCUUUUAUUUUGAAUAAUUGAAAGGAAUUUUGGCAAUGACUUUGGUCCAUUGUGAAGUGAGUGUUUUUAUUGAAAUAAAUUUUGUAUCUGUAGCCAAAAAACGGUUCCCCAAUUCUCAUUCCACUGUGUUAUAAUUGUAUUAGCAUAAAUAAAUGCACAUUCCUCUUGUUAAGAGAUGAUAAUGCCGAUGUAAGCAACCAUUUCUUGUUAUGUGUCUGAUUUAUUUAUUUUCGUGCGGCCUCCCCUCGUCCAAGUUGGACUCGUCCCAGCAAUCGAUUUUUGUCUGCCGGUAUCUAAUUAUAUUGAUAUUGUAUAAUUUAUGCAAUGCAUAAUCUCCACCAUCGCCAUUUGUACGUCAGAUCUAGCCCUUUUCGCAAAAAACACCCCCAAAAUAGCCUUCCGUUUCAAAAUGAAAUUAAUUGCUGGCAAUAACGCAGCUGCCAUGACAGUCCCUUUAAACAACAGACCCGGCAAAUACACGAAAAUGUGAAUAGAAAGUCCGCUUAUUUCUCCGUUGUUCCGAACGCUGCGCCCUCGUGUCGCACACCAAAAUGAUCGUCGAAAAACGGCGAAAAUUUUGGUGUGCGUCACCCCCGACGUUGCGUCCGCCUAAACGAAAAAACUUAGGUUAAAUUAAAUGUCAAGAACCCAUUACCAUGCGUAUCGUUAUUCGAUUCUAAAGUCGGCGUUCCGGCGAUUUCGAGCGGCCAAUCAGAACGACGCGGGAAACACUCGUGACUUGCGCCGACCAAUCGGAAGCGCGCGAUUUGAAUUCCCUCUUCAUUCUUUGUGGAUGACGACAAGUUUUGUAUACAUUCGUUGGGUGUAAAGUGCUGUCAGUGUUAAAUAUCUUUUUAUCGAUGAUUUAAACAAAAUUACAACCAGACACAACGAACUGCCAUCAAAUUGCAAAUCACGAAGUACAGAGAUGUCCGCCGUCAUGGACAUGUACUUGAGCGCAUCCGAUUCAAUGCCGUUUCAAGACAUCCUGGACAUCGACAUAAAAUCAGAGAUUGAGUCUUUGGUCGGUGGCCACAAUGACUUCUCGGGAUUCAAUUUCUCGGAACUACCUCCACUCGAACUCGAAGAUGUCUCAGACAUAAAAUGGUUCUCUUCCAAUUCGAACCAUUCGAAUUCCAGUUUGAAUUUAGACUUCAACGGAGAAGAACGCACGACUAUGGUUAAUCCAAACGCUGUAAUGCCAGCGAUUUCGUUAGCCCAAAACAUACGAUCACCCUCUCCCACGUUAAAAGAAAGCCAUUUGACGUUCUCGCCUUCAACUAUUAAAAUUUCCGCGAUUAAACAAGACACGAAUCAGGUGAAGAAAGAUCUGUUGAAGAGGUUGGGCGACGACGAAAGAGACGACAAACCUCCCAUUCUGAAAACAGUGAGUAAAAUGACGCCGAUCUUGGCCAAACCUCCCGCCAAAACGAUAACGAAAACACCAACGUUACUCACAUUUAGGAACACAGUAAAUAAACAAAUCCAUUCGCCAAUCACAGUAGCUCAAGUUAAUAGUAUCAAUACGGUUAGAACUGUCUCGUCCACGACGGGCAGCCGAAAAAUAAACAAUCGAUAUAGCGAAGAUGGAGAGAGGGUGUACCCAAAACCCGCUUACAGCUACAGUUGUCUAAUAGCUAUGGCUUUAAAAAACAGCAAGUCUGGUAGCUUGCCGGUUUCCGAAAUUUACAAUUUCAUGUGUAAACAUUUCCCCUAUUUUAUAACGGCACCUAAUGGUUGGAAGAACUCUGUUCGACACAACUUGUCGCUUAACAAAUGCUUCGAAAAAAUUGAGAAGCCGGCUCUGAACGGAGCGCAACGGAAGGGGUGUUUGUGGGCUAUGAAUCCGGCUAAAAUUAGCAAGAUGGAUGAAGAGGUGCAGAAGUGGUCUAGGAAAGACCCAUCAGCGAUCCGAAAGGCUAUGAUCAAUCCAGAGAACUUAGAGUCUUUGGAAAGGGGAGAGUUGAAGUUUUCUUGUAGUUACGACGAAGGGGAUAAUUUUGGGGAUUCUUGUGGCAGCGCCGAGAGUGAGGAGGGUUCCGAUUACGAGCAAGAAGUAGAAGGCAGCACGAAAGUAGAUUUCGAUUAUAUUAACGAAACUACUAUAAAAACAGAGACCGAGGAGGGUAGCGAUUUGGACAUUGAAGUAAACAGCGAUCUCGAUAUAGAGGUUUCCGAUGGUAUGUACGAAGACAUAGAAGAAGACCAGGAGAUGUUGAGAGUGGAGAUGGCUUUGGCCCAGAAGGAACUAAUGGAAUACGAAAAGACAGUCAAUAACAAAAGACGGAGGACGUACAUAGUUCAAAAUUAAAUAGUAUCAGUUCUAAGAACUUCAUGUUGGUGUCCAUCUGGUCACACAUCUCCAUUAAGUAAAGUGAAGCUGUGUAAGAUUGGUGAUAAUUGUAAAUAAUUGUAACUUUCCUGCCUGUGUAUUUCUUAAGAUUACUUGAUUCAUUGUUUUAUACUCGAAGACUGCCCUCUCUGUCUCUAGUUAAACACUAACUAGUUUUAUUUUUUAUGAAACAAUGAAUUGAACCUUAGUUGUUAUAUUUUGUAUUGUAAAAACUGUAAUUUGCCAAGACAGUAUUGGAAGUAGAUGUGGACUGAUGGCAAGAGUUGUGCUUCGAGUGCGAAUGCCGCCGCAUUCACGCUGGAAGUUCUCGUGUAUUUCUUUAUUUUACAAAAUGUGCCUUUGCUCCAAACUCAACUUCUGGGUCUUUAUAUUUCCUCUCGGUGGGACCAGUUCACAGAUUUGUUUGUUCCGAUUUUACUUGCGAUUUUAUUAUUCUUUAACUUAAUGUGUCAUGUGAUAGUUUGUCCUUGGUUGUUUUACACAUAAUUUAUUUGGAGUAUUAUUGUAGCACGUUAACCGGUGUUAGAUUUGUUUACACGCUGCAUUGUAAGGGCUGGUCACCCCUUACACUACAGCCGAAGAGAAAGUCGAUGUCAAUCCGCAUGUAUGAGCUGCAGGUUACGAAAACGUCUGUAUUAGGUAGGGUUUUUAAUUUUUUAAGAGCAAAAGAGAACAGACUUUAUUUUUUUAAUUCUCAGCUUUCAUUAGCUGUUCGGAAGUUUUGUACUAUACUAUGAUUUUUUUAUCUUAAUUUUAAGUGAUUUGUUAAGACGAUGUACAAAUUUGUUAGUUUUAAUAAGAUCCUUGUAAAAAUAAAGUCAUGACUUUGUACAGUGCAUUGUUUGAUUUCCUUCCAUCAAAGAUGAUCGAAAGUCAAACGAGGGGAUUUAUUUUUACAAGCGAUUCAAACCAUAACAUAGAUGAAUAGAAGUGACACGAUUGUAGGUACAUUAAUUUCCAAAUAAAUGAACAGUUCGUACAAA